AUGACGGUGGUGUCAGGGGAGCACGUGGACGAGGCCUCGGCCGCCCCGGGCCACCCCCAGGAGGGCGGCUACCCGCGGCCGGCCGAGCACGACGAGCACGAGUGCUGUGAGCGCGUGGUGAUCAACAUCUCCGGGCUGCGCUUCGAGACGCAGCUCAAGACCCUGGCGCAGUUCCCCAACACGCUGCUGGGCAAUCCCAAGAAGCGCAUGCGCUACUUCGACCCGCUGAGGAACGAGUACUUCUUCGACCGCAACCGGCCGAGCUUCGACGCCAUCCUGUACUACUACCAGUCCGGGGGCCGCCUGCGCCGGCCGGUCAACGUGCCCCUGGACAUGUUCUCGGAGGAGAUCAAGUUCUACGAGCUGGGCGAGGAGGCCAUGGAGAAGUUCCGGGAGGACGAGGGCUUCAUCAAGGAGGAGGAGCGCCCCCUGCCCGAGAAGGAGUACCAGCGCCAGGUGUGGCUGCUCUUCGAGUACCCGGAGAGCUCGGGCCCUGCGCGCGUCAUCGCCAUCGUCUCGGUCAUGGUCAUCCUCAUCUCCAUCGUCAUCUUCUGCCUGGAGACCCUGCCCGAGCUGAAAGACGACAAGGACCUGGCAGGCACCUUCCGCCGCGUCGACAACACCACCGUGGUCUACAGCGCCAACAUCUUCACGGACCCCUUCUUCAUCGUGGAGACGCUGUGUAUCAUCUGGUUCUCCUUCGAGCUGGUGGUGCGCUUCUUCGCCUGCCCCAGCAAGACGGACUUCUUCAAGAACAUCAUGAACUUCAUCGACAUCGUGGCCAUCAUCCCCUACUUCAUCACGCUGGGCACGGAGAUAGCGGAGCAGGAGGGCAACCAGAAAGGCGAGCAGGCCACCUCGCUGGCCAUCCUGCGGGUCAUCCGCCUGGUCAGGGUGUUUAGGAUCUUCAAACUCUCCCGCCACUCCAAGGGCCUGCAGAUCCUGGGCCAGACCCUCAAGGCUAGCAUGAGAGAGCUAGGGCUGCUCAUCUUCUUCCUCUUCAUCGGCGUCAUCCUGUUUUCUAGCGCAGUGUACUUUGCCGAGGCGGAGGAAGCUGAGUCGCACUUCUCCAGUAUCCCCGAUGCUUUCUGGUGGGCGGUGGUGUCCAUGACCACCGUGGGAUACGGUGACAUGUACCCUGUGACAAUUGGAGGCAAGAUCGUGGGCUCCUUGUGUGCCAUCGCUGGUGUGCUGACAAUUGCCCUGCCCGUACCUGUCAUUGUGUCCAAUUUCAACUAUUUCUACCACCGAGAAACUGAGGGGGAGGAGCAAGCUCAGCUGCUCCACGUUAGCGCCCCGAAUUUAGCCUCUGACAGUGACCUCAGCCGCCGCAGUUCCUCCACUGUGAGCAAGUCUGAGUACAUGGAGAUCGAGGAGGAAAUGAGUAACAGCAUAGCCCAUUAUAGACAGGCCAACCUCAGAACUGGGAACUGCACCACCGCUAACCAAAACUGCGUUAAUAAGAGCAAGCUCCUGACCGAUGUUUAGAGAAAGGCGCAGGUGCACGCAAAGCCGCCCCCCGCUUACCAGACGCAGAAAACAGAGCGCACACUUUGUAGAUACUUUCCUAGACAAUCUCUGAAAGCUCUGUUUCACCGUCAAUGCAUUGUUGCAUUGUGGAUUCUGGAGGUGGCCUACCAGACACUUUUUGAGAUUCCUGAAAAAAGAGACUAUUUUCAUUUUAUUGAAAAAAAAUUGGGAAGAGAAAGGGUAUUUUCUAAACUGGCUUUAAAAACAUGCAGUCCAUGAACUAGUCUAGGUGAAAUACGAUUUAGAUGCCACCCCCAUUCUGAAACAUUUUUAACCCUUUGGCUUGUUUAACAUUUUUUUUUUAAACUUAAACUAAAAACCAAACGAUCACUUAGAAAACUAGCAUUUGCAUGGGAUUCCGAUGCAAAACCUUUGCAAAGUGCACAAUAAGACUGUGCAUUAGCUGUGUUGCAGUUAACACGAUACCCCAGCCCCCGGGACAGGGAACAAAUGCUUCUAUUUGGAUCAACUGAACUGCAUAUGACUAGGUGAAAAAAACAAAAACAAAACACAAACCUCCAACAUAACUUAGGACUGGUUCACACAGCACCUUAUAAAUCAGAUACUGGUCCUGAGCCCUGAGGAAUGUCCCUCUGCUCCAUCUUUCUAAUCUGGAUCGUUCUCUAAGAGAAAGAUCACCGAAUUAAGCUAACAAUCAUCUGCGGUGCUGCUAAGUUUUCUCAACUGCAGGUGAGCCCAAUGCAGGCCUUUUCUCACCAGACCUGCACCCUGAUCCCUGGCCUUCAGAACUGGAUGUUAAAACCCAAGCCUCCUUAUUGCAAGAGAGCACAAAUGGAGUUAAAUGCAAGCAUGUUUGAACCUGAUAACAUUUACUUUAUAAUCGCAUGCCAAGAACAUCAACCCAGACAAUAGGGGAUAAGCUUACGUUGAAAUCAACUCUUCUAAAAAUAGAUUUUUUUUUCAUUUGCAUUCACCAAAAGUGCACUCCUUCAUUUAUCAACUCCUUUAUUAGUAAAUACAGUACUGUAUUUAAGUGCAUAUGUUAGUCAGAUGGGAACAAUUACAUUUUGGAGCUCAAAGCAUGUUCUCUUACUCAGCAUUAUGACCUAUUUGACUAAGAUGUACCUUGAAUUAAUUAAUGCAUGAUUUCAGUAAUAAAAAAAUUUUACAUAAUAAAAAUUACAAGUCUGCGGGA